AUGAAAGUUGGAAUAGCAAGAAAUGCACGGGGUUUGACUCCAAGGAUAAGUUUAAAGAACUUACAAGUAUCCAGCGUCCGGUUCCAACAUCAAAAAGUUAAUCCUCCAUCUGAGGAAAACAAACCGGCGAAUGCUGAUGCACCCAAGAAGAGAAGACCUUUGAGCAGAGUGGCAAUUGGUGGUAGUCAAGAUCAUGAACGGAAGUAUGCGAAAGGUACUAUCGAAUUUGCUGCUUGGAAAGCUAUCUUAGUACUCUUUGGGGCUGGUGGUUUAGCUACAUGGUGGUUCCAAAGAGAAAAGGAAAGAAUUAGAAUUCAAAAAGAAGUUGAAAGCAAAAGAGGGAUUGGUAAACCUUUGAUUGGUGGGCCAUUUUCAUUGGUUGAUACUGAAAAUAAACCCUUCACCAAUUUGGAUUUAGUUGGUGAUAAGUUUUCUAUUCUCUAUUUUGGUUUCACUCAUUGUCCUGAUGUUUGUCCUGAUGAAUUAGACAAGUUGGGAGAAGUGUUGGAUACUUUAAAGAAAGACAACAACACUGAAUUACAGCCAGUAUUCAUUACCUGUGAUCCUGCUAGAGAUUCUCCUGAGGUUGUCAAACAGUACUUAACUGAUUUCCAUCCUAGUAUAAUAGGUUUGACGGGUACUUAUGAGAAUGUAAAGAAUGCUUGUAAGAAGUACCGGGUGUAUUUCUCUACUCCGCCAGAUGUGAAGCCCGGUCAGGAUUAUUUGGUUGAUCAUUCGAUUUUCUUUUAUUUAAUGGACCCAGAAGGUAAUUUUGUUGAUGUAAUUGGAAGAGAAGCUACUGCCACUGAAGCAGUGGAGAAGAUCAGACUGCACAUUGAUGCAUUUGUUCCAAAGGAGGAAAUGGAAAGAAGAAAGGACUCUUGGUUAAGUUUCCUUUAUAAGUGA